UUUUUAGUUCUUUCUUCUGUUUGUUUUUCCCCAAAGUUGAGAAAAACAUUAAUCAAUUUUCCCAACGUCUCUUUAUUUGCUUAGCUGAAAUCAACUUUACCUUUUCUCACUCUCAAAAGUCUCACCUUUCACACUCUUUUUUCUCUCAUAAGCUCCAUUCUUGAUUAUCUGUUGUACAAAAGGUAAGGUCUUUGAGACACCCUUUUGCUCAUUUCUCAUUUUUCAGCUGUGUCACUGUUCUUGAUUUCAUAAUAUUUGUAGAUAAAAAUGCAAUCUUUUUUGUGUUUUAGCAUUUUCUUGAUUCUGUGUAGUUGUUGUGUUUUUGUUACUUCUUUGAAUGAUGAAGGGAUAGCUCUUUGGUCAUUUAAAAAAGGUAUUGGACAAGACCCUGAAGGGUCACUUAAAAAUUGGAACUUUUCUGAUGAAACCCCUUGUUCUUGGAAUGGUGUUACAUGCAAAGACCUAAAAGUUGUAUCUGUUAGUAUACCUAGAAAGAAACUCACUGGGUUUCUUUCUUCUAGUCUUGGAUCUCUUACUGAGCUUAGACAUGUUAAUUUAAGAAGUAAUUUGUUUUCUGGUAGUUUGCCUGUUGAGCUUUUUGAGGUUCAAGGUUUGCAAAGUUUGGUUCUUUAUGGGAAUUCCUUUUCUGGGGUAAUACCUUUUGAGGUUGGGAAGCUAAAUUAUCUUCAAACUUUGGAUUUAUCACAAAAUUUCUUGAAUGGGUCUGUGCCUAUAACAUUACUUCAGUGUAAGAGAUUGAAGGUUCUUGAUUUAAGUCAUAAUAACUUUACUGGUGUUGUACCAGAAGGGUUUGGGGGUAAUUUGUCUGCAUUGGAAGAACUUAAUCUUGGAUUCAACAAAUUUGAUGGUAAAAUUCCAACUGAUUUGGGAAAUUUGUCUAAUUUGAAAGGAACUGUUGAUUUGUCUCAUAAUAUGUUUAGUGGUUCGAUUCCGGCUAGUCUUGGUAAUCUUCCUGAGAAGGUGUAUAUUGAUUUGACUUAUAACAAUUUGAGUGGUCCAAUUCCACAAAAUGGUGCUUUGAUUAACAGAGGACCUACUGCUUUUAUUGGAAAUCUUGGGCUUUGUGGACCUCCAUUGAAAAACCCGUGUUCUGCGCAAAGUGACGCGAGUUCACCGUCCUCGGAACCUUUCUUGCCUAAUAACAUACCUCCAUUAGAUGGUGCUGGAGGGGAUGUGAAUGGUAGAGGUUUGAGUAGAGGUGCUGUAAUCGCGAUAAUUGUGGGGGAUGUGGUCGGAAUUUGUGUUAUUGGGUUGUUGUUCUCGUAUUGUUAUUCGAGAAUCUGCGGUUGUGGGAGGAAAAAAGAUGAAUCCGGAUUUGGUUUUCAGAAGGGGGGAGGGAACGGAAGGAAAGAGUGUUUAUGUUUUAGGAAGGAUGAGUCGGAGACGUUAUCGGAAAAUGUUGAACAAUAUGAUCUAGUGGCACUAGAUAAUCAAGUGGCAUUUGAUCUUGAUGAACUUCUCAAGGCAUCUGCAUUUGUCCUUGGUAAAAGUGGUAUCGGCAUUGUGUACAAAGUUGUGCUCGAAGACGGGCUUAACUUGGCUGUAAGGAGAUUAGGCGAGGGUGGUUCACAAAGAUUUAAGGAAUUCCAGACGGAGGUCGAAGCAAUUGGAAAACUGAGACAUCAAAAUAUUGUGACUCUUCGUGCCUAUUAUUGGUCUGUCGAUGAGAAGCUACUGAUAUAUGACUUCAUUCCAAAUGGAAACCUUACCACUGCAAUUCACGGAAAACCUGGUAUGGUGUCGUUUACACCGCUUUCAUGGUCCAUUCGACUGAAAAUAAUGAAGGGAACUGCAAAAGGUUUGGUUUAUUUACACGAGUACAGUCCCAAGAAAUAUGUUCACGGCGAUCUAAAGCCUUCUAAUAUAUUACUUGGGCACGACAUGGAGCCCAAAAUCUCGGACUUUGGACUUGGACGUCUUGCUAAUAUAGCUGGAACAUCCCCUACGUUGCAAUCCAACCACAUGACCUCUGAGAAACCACAACAAAGUAAGCAAGGCAGUGCGCCAUCAGAGUCCGGGACAGUUACAUCAACUACAACUUCUGGUUCUUGCUACCAAGCUCCCGAGGCGUUAAAAGUGGUGAAACCAUCACAAAAAUGGGACAUUUACUCGUACGGAGUGAUCUUGCUUGAAAUGAUCACGGGAAGAACCCCGAUUAUCCAAGUAGGUUCUACUGAAAUGGAUCUCGUAAACUGGAUUCACUGGUGCAUUGAAGAGAAGAAGCCACUUUCGGAUGUAUUGGACUUGUGUUUAGCACAAGAUGCUGAUAAAGAAGAGGAAAUGAUCGCGGUUUUGAAGAUUGCAAUGGCGUGUGUUCACAGCAGCCCGGAGAGAAGACCUUCAAUGAGACACAUAUCUGAUGCAUUAGAAAGACUGCAAGCUUCCUCUGAAUGAACGAUCGAAACAGAUCCUUCAGGCUGGCUUCACAUUGCAGUAAGGAUCACAGCAUCUAACCGAUAACUAUGAAGCACGAUCACUGCUUGGCGCGCGAUACAUAUUGACUAACACUAGUAAUCUCCACUUGUUUGUGAAGGAAUAUCUGUUUGAACAUUGCCCUUUUUGCUCUCUAAUAGCAAGCUUUUUCUUGUGUCUAUUUGAUUAAGAACAUAAAUUAUUUGUUUCUCUCCUUAUUACUAUAUUACUAUUCAUCUUUUGUUUGUUACAAAUGAGUAUAUGUAAAUAAAAAUGAUUUGUCAAAAAUAUUAAAUAAGAUGGUGUAAGCAAUAACUAUACGUC